AUGCCCUCUGCGCUCCCUUUCAUCGGGCACCUUCAUCUUCACGCAGGGACGUCAGGGGUCAACGAUGCGAGGCUGUGGGGCGACUGGGGAAAACGAUUCGGCUCAGAUCUUCUGCAAGUCAAAUUCGGCCGGAACAGAGUCGUGAUCGCCAACACGGUCGACUCAGUGCGCGAACUGUUUGUGACAAAUGGACACCUCACAUCUGCAAGGCCCAGGCAGUACGUCUUCGAGAAGUACAUCGGAUAUGACCUGGGCUCCCAUUCACUGGACGCGAACUACAAACAGCAACGGCUCGCAGGCAUCAAGGCCCUCAAGCCGAUUGAAUGGCCAAAAUUCUUCUCCGGCCUCGACAAGGAGGGCGACCGCCUGAUCAUCAACUUGGCCGAGCAGGGCAACUAUGGAAAGACACCCAUCAACCCCUUGAAGAUGAUGCAGAUAGUCGCCAUGAACCUCCUAUUUCAGAUCACCUUCGGGAAGAGGUUCGAAGACGCCAAUGAUCCUUGGUUGAGGGAGUAUAUUGACAACGCCUCGAUCAUUACCACCGUCCGUGGAGCGUCCAAUACAUGGUCCGAUUUCGUCCCGAUUCUCCGAUUGAGUCCCAAAUUCCGCCGUAUGGCAGAAGCUGGAGAAGUGGCGUCCAAGAAAAGAAGCCAGAUGAUCGGCGAGCUUCUUCAGGAUCUUCAGACGAGGCUGAACAACGGGGAGCAACCAGACUGCAUUGCUGCCUCGGUCUUGAAUGAUAAAGACAACAAACUCACUCUUCCUAAUGCGAUCAAAUGCUGUACGUCGAUGCUUCAAGGGGGUACGGAGAGCUUGCCCAGCCAUAUCUGUGCCGGAUUCAGCGGGCUGAUCACUCCCGAGGGUGAAAAGAUGCAGCAAAAGGCCUUCGCGGAGAUCACGGAGCAGUACCCUAAUGGAGACGCGCGGGAACAUGCUUUCAAGGAGGAGCAUGCCGGGUAUAUCGUCGCCUUGUACAAAGAGAUGCUGCGCAACUAUGUGGUAUUGCCGUUCAGUCUGCCACACGAAGCUAACGACGAUAUCCGGUUGAAGUCUGGAGUGGUCAUUCCGAAAGGGACGAGGCUGUACAUGAACUCAGAGGCGGCCAAUCAUGAUGAAUCCUUUUUCGGUCCCUCAGUCGACGACUUCGUGCCUGAACGGUGGCUCGAUCCCGAGCUCAACAAGAUCGCAUUGAAUUUCUUCUCCUAUGGGAUCGGGCCUCGAGUGUGUCCUGCCUGGUCGAUCGCCAAUCGGAUAAUGUACGGAUUACUCCUGCGCAUGAUCUUGGCCUUCGAGUUGAAGAUGGAUCCGGCCGAUCCGCCGCCGACCUCGUGGAAGACGUUUGGCAGGACUCCGAGUGGUGUUUUGAAUGCGCCCAAGAUGUUCAAGGUCCGGUUUGUUCCUCGCGACGAAGAGAAGUUGAGGAUUGAGGUUGAGGAGAUGAAGAACAAUUUGAAGGUGGUGGUUGAGGAGUGA